AACUUUAGCUGGGCUACCUGCCCAGACGGAUAUUUCCUGAAGGGUUUUUAUUACUCAAAUGGCUCUUCGUUUAGAAACAUUGAACAUGUAAGUUGCUGCAGGCCAAGAAAUUUUAAAAAUGCACAUCUGGAUUGCCAUGAAAAAACACGGAUUUCUUUACAAAGUCAAAGAUGGGACACUUGCGAAGCUUGGUCCUAUCUGGUUGGCUUUUAUGGAGUACUCUGCGAAGGAUCCGCUUGUAUUGAAAAGUUAAGAUGCUGUAGAAUGCCCCCACCAGGUAAACACUCUCAGUUAAUUAUUUGCUUCUUAAACUAUGUGAUAAAAAUAAUGAAUGAUAUUCGGCUUCUUUGUAUUGGGUUGUUAUUGUGUAAUAGGCUCACUUUUCAAUAUAUAUAACUGCAAAAGAGCUGUCUCGCUAAUUUGCGCUAAAAUUUGAAUCAAAAUCUGAAAAAAAGCUGCAAAAUUAUUUUCCCCUACUAGCUGUACUACUCUUGGGAGACUCUUCUUCACACUUUGUUUAAAUACUUCACGUUCCGCUGGAUUAAAGAUCGCUUUAUUUUAAGUUACUAAAAAUAUGUUGUGAGUUGAUUUCUUCAGUUAUCAUCCUGAGAAGCUCAUUGGGACGCUAGGUUUACCGGCGAAAUAAUUGCAAAGUUUACAAGAAGAGCAUGAAAUCUCUUCUGGCUAAGUCCAGAAGAAGGGAAUUCAAAGUCUCCUCUUAACUGGUUCGACAAGACUGCGCUCCCCUUUCCUUAUAUUAAAUGCCUUUCUUCCCUUUAGAGAUGUUAAUCCUUGGUCACUGGCUGCUAGAUGGAAAGGAUCAAAAUAUAACGUUAGUCAUGUAAAUUGCUUUUUUUUAAAAUAUAGCAGGCACAGAGCUUGUAAAUAGGGGAAAAUGGAAAUCAAAGAAGGCUGACUUCGUUCAACCGAAUACCAUUCUUCCUUGUCUUUCUUACAUAAUGUUUCUUAGUUUACUGGCUUAAGUCCUCCGCCUAAUUUUUCAUAUCCAGCUGGCAUGGGUCUGUGUUCAGGACAUAGAUAUACUGUUAAUGAUAUGGCAUUGAUGUUCCAGGUUAUGCAGAUCUCGAAUUAAGGCUGUUAUUCACCUCGGCCUUCGGCUUUGGUGGGUAACAUUUCCCUCGAUCUGCAUAACUCUUAAUAUCAUACGAAAGGCGAAUUCAAAGAUUGUUAAAUAUACAGCCCGCCAAAUGCGGUAUAUAUCUUCUAAUUAUUUUUUUCUUUACUGUAGCUUUAGCAAACCACUGGAUUUUGUCAAAGGAUGGUGUUCAGGCAGCAUGGCUCCUCGUUUUGUUCAACAUUCAUUCGCUACUGCCCCAGCAGUUCAUCUUAACGGCAGGAGUUUUACCAUUUGCUGCUGGAUAAAACAAACGCGGUUAUCUGGAACACAGACAAUCUAUAAUGAUUGGCAGAAUCCAUGGCAGUUUCAGCUUAUCAUCUUUGGUGAUCGGCUGGAAUUUGAGCGCCAUAGCCAUGGCAUUACUGAAUGGUGGUACUUUAGAAGUGCUAAACUUUUAUUAAAUACCUGGACGCACCUUGCAGUCACCUGGAACCACGUGACAGGUAAUGCCUACCUUUACAGUAACGGCACCAUAGUGGGUAGCAGAUCGUUUACUCCUGGGACUAAGUUUUACACACUUACGGGUAACCCUUACAAGAUUGCCAACGACGGUCACUGGAAUGAUCAACAGUUCUACGGAUCAGUGAUGGAUUUGUAUGUUUUUGGCACCGCACUGUCCCGUGAUGAAAUUGCCAAAGUAAGAGGUAGGUAAGAAAGUUCAAGUCUUGAAAGUCAUUUAAAACUCCCAAAGAGCUUUCCAUUCUAUCUCUGUUUUCCCAAAAACAUUUGAUUUCAAUUACGACAGUGAUUAAAUCACAGGUAACCCAGGCUCACUGUUUGUGUCACGAACGGGUUUCAUAACAUGAGUAAAUAUAGAUAACAUAUCGGGCGACGUUUAGGUCUGGAAAUUUGGUAGAAAAUGGAAAUAAAAAUCAAUAAAACUUACCAUGAGGCGAGUUGUUGUCCUUAAUAUGCACACGAAGUUUCGAGAAAAGUAGUUUGCUAUAUCUUCCCUACAUAGUAUAGUGGCAAGGUAGGAGGCUGACGACAGCGUCGUGGCUCCGAUCGACCCUAAACUAGCACGAUUUUUUUUCGCGAAAAUCGAAUCCAGUCGCUGAAUAAACACGCCAGGCUCGUUGAACAUGAAUUUCUCUAAACCCUGAAACCACUGAAGCAUCUCCAGCUAGCAACGCUAUGCAGUGACCCUGCUGAGUUUACCCACCACUGUAAAUCACUGCGAGACAACUCAGACAGUUGCAUAAAUGAUCAAAGUUACCCUUGUUUAAGCGCAAGGCCUCAGUUUUGUCCAUGUCCAGUGACAUAAAAUGCAAGGGCCCCAGCUUUGCUGCCAGAAAAUUUGAUAUGAGCAACCCAUGCCAAGAGUGGAUGCCUAGUUGUGGGGUGUGGGCACUGCAAAAGGCCUUGACAGGUAUGAAUUAUCUUCUCGAUCUUCUCAGAAGUUGGAUAGACUGUCAUUGUAAUUGAGUCUAUAAUAAAGCCAUAAAGGUGAUUCGCUGUUGCGGAACAAAGGAUGAUUUUUCAGGGUGUACAGUAAACCCGAGGGAAUCAAAUAAUUUGACAGUAUCCCAAACAUUUCUUUCACAGUCAUCAUAGUCAUCACCCUGGAGAUAUGAGUCAUCAAUAUGACUUGCUGAAAGGUGACCCAGCUGUCUUUAAUGUGAAUAUACUGGCUUUAAUAAUUUAGUAAACUUCCUGGGGCAAAAUGCCAAUCCAUUUGGAAAGCAAACAUACUUAUACAGUUUUCCUGGCCACUGAAACUUCAGGUAUUUUUGGUCUGCAGUGGCGAUAGGUACAGAACAAUAAGCAUCCUUUAAGUCUAUUGACGCCAUAAAUCACCCGAGUUUUAUCAUAUGUACAACAGUAUUAAGUGAGUCCAUUCUAAAAUAGUGAUAUUGCACAUGAGUGUUUAGGCACUUGAGAUUUAAAAUAACUCUGAAGGAGCCAUCCUUUUUGGCCAAGUGAAAACAGGAGAGACAUAUUCCUCUUCUUCGUGACUACUUGGGGUAAGAACACCUUGAGCAAGUAGUUUAUCUAUUUUGGUAUCAAUAACAUGCUGUUCAUCAAAAUCAAGGAUUUUCUUCGCUUUGGGAACUACUCUUUGAUAUGGAGUCCUAGCAAAUUCAAUUGGCUGGCCUAAUAUCAUUUGCAAUAUCUCAGGGUCUGAGGUUAAGGCCUGCCACUGAUUAUAAUAUUCUCUCAACCCCCUGCUUAAAAGCAGUGAACUUUGUACUCAAGAUACUGUAACAUAUUUACCUUAUCUGUAGGAAUAUCAGUAGCAUUUCACUGGCUGGAUUUCCUCGCGGUUUACCGUGGUUUGUAGAAAUUAUUGUGUGGCCGUUAAGACCGGCUCCUCUUUCCUAAAAGAGGCUUUCCAGUAGGGUGAGAAGAUUUGCCCUUCCAACCAUCGCUAUGGUUUCGAUAAGAUGGCUUUGCAGUAGUCGUAUGGCCAAUUUUGUUAGUCGCUUUGAUAUUGUUAAGCUGAGAGUGCAGCUCAUCGCCAAAUAACAAGCCCGUGAUGGGUACUUGAGAGCCACACAACGAGGAAUAUUCGUCAUUUAAGUUUGGUUUGAUAGCGUCCCGUCGACGGUAAGACAGCUCAAUGUUUACAUGGCCUAACAAUGCCAGAGCGUCGGCGUUAUACGUGACUAAUUUCCCCAAUUUCUCAGUGAGAGCCAACGCUGAAGUCUUCUCAGGAUCUGCACGGAUGGCCAGCAGUGUGUCAAAUUUGGCGACAGCACUACCGACUUUGACAAGUACUUUCUGAAUGUUUGCAAGCCGUAAAUCCGCGCUCUUGGUCCCAUGCUUCAGCUUAUUCAAUAUAUCGGGGUUGACCUUUGGCACAGUUAAUUUCUCACAAUUAUCGGGUCGAUUGUAUUUCGCCAAUUUUUCUUUUAAUUUUGCUUCCUCCAACUUAGAAUCCCAUCGCUUAUUGACGAUAUACGCCAAUUUCUGAGCGACUUUCGGGUCAGUUUAAUUGUCCGACUCAAAGUCUUGAGCAAUUUCAUUGAGCAAUGCGUCCUCUGUGACACAGCUGCCCGGUUUUGGCUGGUCGCCGUUGGGCGGGAAAUUGAGUUCCUGGGAAUCUGACUGUUCAGGGUCUGAAUCUCCGCUAUCGCUCAUUGCACUAGGUGCAGGAGGUUGUCUUCUCCUUUUCGGUGGUGUAGCAUGGUCUUCUGGUGCGUCAGCUAAACGUUUCAUUCCAUGGGCAGCAUGGUGGAAUUCAUUUGGGUUAUGGCCGACAAUACGUUAUCACUACUUUGUCUGUGCCCUGGGGCGAGUGAUUCGCUGACUCAUUUUCUUCAGAAGGUAAAUUGUCUUCUUCUGCCGGUGAAAGGGGGUCCGUUUCACUCAUAUUUUCGGCAGCCAUACGGCGAUUUUCUCGGUGUUCGCUCAGCACUGAGCGAGCAAAACAACAAACGUCCGACCUUCCCGAAGGAUCGCACACAACUGAUCUUCCCGGGUUCGUGCGCUUUCUCACGUGACUCCGUAGCGACCAAUGACCAAUAACGAAACAGAACUGUCUUCUUUACUGUAAAAAAAAGUAUACAUGAUUCCAACAAAAAGCAGUUUUUAACUUUCCAAAAAAGGUGCUCAGAUGAUUGUAUAAUCACCCUUGCUUCAGUCUCAAGAAUUUUAACAUCACUUAUUUUAUUCAGGUGUCCCUAUAAUUUUGAAUAAAGACAAGGAAGUAGCAGGAGAAACCGUUGUUAUUAUAUGGGCACCACCGCUGAAUGGUGCCUGUUUUGUCUUGGGGUAUAAAGUCUACUACAGAAAGGUUUCAUUGGUAGAGACUAGUCCUUGGAGGUCCGUAACCGUGGACAAAAAUUGUUCGAACCACACCUUGCACCUGGGUUGUUGGAAGGAGUAUGAGGUCGCAGUUACUUCACUUAGUGCUGCAAAUGCAAACACUGACAGCACUGAGAGCAGUUUUAGUGACAGCAGGAUAUGGAACUUCAAAGUUAGGAGAGGUAAGUUUGGGUAUAAUUCAUAGUUAUUGAUUUCUCAGCCCAGGGCAAGCUUUGCUGUAAUUUGGUACUAAUUUAUCUCAUUUUUACAUAAAAGGAGGAUGCAUGAUCCUUAAAGGGGCUGCAAAUUUUCUUUUACUUUUAAUGCAAGACGUGUCGGUCGCGUCGGUUAAUAGGGUGCUUAAGCAACGACGACGGCGACGGCAAACGGCAAAGAAGAUAUGGGUGUAGAUUUGAAAAACAACAACUUUGCACGUGCAGCACACUCUUUUGUAGAUUUCUUUGCAGUCACUGCACGACUAUGAUGUGAAACUGCCUGAUUUCACCAGAAUUUCAAGUUUCGUGGAGGACUUGAACACAAGGCAACGACUUCCCUUUUCUUAUUCUAAACUUCGAUAGAUGAGUCCUUUAGAAUUCAAGUCCAGAAAAAUUUGCCCAUAUUUGAAGUUUAAAGCAGCGCGAAUUAACUUUUCAAGUGAAUUUUUCGUAGCCAUCGCUGUCGUUGUUGCUUAAGUUACCUGAUUUAGUCUUUCGUAAACAGCUAGCUCUUUUUGCCUAAAACAGGUGGUCCCUUUCACGUUAUUAGAAGACUGGACUCUAAGUCUAUCUUCCUAUCUCAUCAAAAUGUUCGUGUCACGGAAAAUGGUAGAAAUGUGACGGUGGCGACAAUGGUGAAGGGAAACCAGUUUUUCAAAUCUCAAACAAAAUGGAAUGGAUUAUUUUAUUGCUUUAUAAUGAUGUUGGGAAUUAAUAGAAAUGUGGUGUUGGUGGUGGUGGUGGAGGGAAAACAAUAGAGAUGCAGUGGUGGUGGUAAGGAAAAACAAUUGAAAUGUGGUGGUGGUCUUGGGAGAAAAAAGAGAAAUGUGGUGGUGGUGGAGGAAAAUAAUAGAAAUGUGGUGGUGGUGGUGGUGGUGGUGGUGGAGGAGUAGUAAAAACAAUAGAAAUGUAGUGGUGGUGGUGGUGGAGGAAAAACAAUAGAUAUGUGGUGUUGGUGGAGGAAAAUAAUAGAAAUGUGGUGGUGGUGGUAAAAAGGGAAAACAAUAGAAAUGUGGUGGUGGUGGUGCUGGUGGAAAGGGAAAAUAAUUAAAAUUUAGGGGCGGUCCUGGAGGGAAAACAAUAGAAAUGUGGUGAUAGUGACGGAGAGGGCAAACAAUUGAAAUGUGGUGGUGGUGACGGAAAGCAAUAGAAAUGAGGUGGUGGUCUUGGAGGGAAAACAAUAGAAAUGUGGUGGCGGUAUACAGUUUCACUAUUCAAGGUUGGUAUCAUUACAAAUAAAUUGUCUUUAAACGAAAGGAGGAUGUAGGGUCGACGUGGGUUGGGUAGAUGAGGGAUCGAUGUAGGGUCGAUGAGGGGUAGAUCGGUGAAGGAUCGAUGUGUGCUCGAUGUGAGGUGGAUUCGGCUCAAAAAAUGAGCAAAAAAGAAAGGAGGGAAAGUGAAAAUUUGUUUUUUUUUUUUUUAAAAAAGAGCUAGUUUGCCGUCGUCCUCAUUACUAUGCGAGAUUUGCGCGCCAAGAACAAGUGAACCACAAUUGGUACAAUUUGUUGGACAAUGA